CGAUCGCCUCCAUGGUUAUCCAGCUAUAAAUGCUGCGCGCAUUUGUCUAGUUUUGAUACACGGAACUUCGUCUUGCCCGUGUAGUCGCCGCCGAUUUCCCUGCCCAGAAAUUCAAAUAAACGGGUAUUUCCAUAAUGUCCUCCAACGAGCCGCGGGACGGCAACGGACGUUCACCUGGAGUGUCAAUAAAGCCUGUGUCACUAUCGAUAGGCUCCUCGAAAGCCUCGAACAGAAAGACCGCCUUUAAUAUUCAGAGUUCAGGGCGGCAGGCCGAUUCACCGUCUAACCAAACCCUCGCACGCCGACCUCACCACUCUCUCCAUCAUGACGAUGACGACUCCGACGAUAAUGGUGGCGAACCCGCCUUCGAGUCUGUAACUGGUUUCGACACACUCACCGGGAAGACUAUCGGCGAUGCGGAAGAAAAGAAGCCUCUGACGAUCCCCGUUGCGAGUGGAAAUAACUGGCGUGAUCGACCUGGAGUUAUCAAGAGGCCCAAGGGGAAAAAGAAUCUACUGCCGAAGGAGGUCCAAGCAUUACAGGAAGCACAGAAAAAGGGAGAAAUCCCUGGAAAUGGAGCCGAUGCUGUAGGGCCGAGUAUGUCUUAUGGGUUGAGUUUUGCUCAAGAGAAGACUACGGAUGGAGAAAGUGGCAAGACAACAGAUGAAGGGGAUCAGAAAAUGGAAGAUGCACCGCCUCCAGCUGCUGAGAGUGUGAAACCCCUUACGGAGGAUGAACUUGCCUUGCGCGCACUGGUCCGAGAAAGUAAAGGGGAGGUGGAGGGGAGGUCGGACCUUGUUAUUGAGUCGAAGCGCGCGGACGAAGAGGAGGAUGAGUUAUAUGACGGCCAUAAUAAUGAGACAAAGUCAUUCCGGGCGGAUGUUGCUGCUCGGCCGGAGCCUGCCACCUUGGACCAGUACAAUGCGAUCCCCGUGGAGGAGUUCGGCGCGGCGUUACUACGUGGAAUGGGUUGGAAAGAAGGCCAAACAGUGGGGAAGGGGAACUACAGCGAAGACUCUAGUCGAUCAUCUACGCCACAUGUUCCUGCGCGUCGCCCAGGUUUCUUAGGAAUAGGCGCCAAGGAUGUCUCUGGAGGCAAGGCUGAGGUUGAGUUCGGCGCCUGGGGCAAAGCUGCCAUGCGUAAGGGGUCUCGAAAAGCUGGAGAAGCGAAAGACGGCGAACAGCGGAAUACAGAAGGUGUCUACAUGCCCGUGCUCAUGCGAAAUAAGAAGACUGGCGAGACUAUCACCGAGGAAGAGCUCUCGACCAUGGCUAAGGAAGCUAAGAAACAAGACGAUAAUGAUGACUGGAAGGAGAGAAGGGAUCGAAAUCUUAAACGAAAUGGGCGUCCCAAUGACCGCCAUCGAGACCGAGAUAGUCGGCGCAUAGAAUACGAUGACGACGCUCGGUACGAGAGCCGACGAAAUGGAUCUUCAAGAAGGGAUCGGAGUCGGUCAAGUAGUGACCGACAUUCUAGGAGACGAAGAAAUCAGAAUCGGGACCGGGAUCGAAGAAGUCAAAGAUACGAUGACGAUGAUGACCGGUAUAACUCCCGGCAUUCGUCAUCUAAUGCAUCUAGCAGGCAUCGGGAUCGAAACCGGGACCGGGAUAGUGAUCGCGAUUCUCAUCGGCGGCGGAGGCAUGAUCGAUGAGCAGAGCUGCAGGAUGCGGAUCUUAAAUGGCUUUGGACCAGGCAUAUAAUAUUUGGAUCAAUAAUGCUACAGUGAUAGGCAUCUAAAACCCUACAUCUCCCUUUAGGUACAUUAUAUGCAUCGGCGGCUAUAAGCGCUUCCGAACAUUGUCCCCUUGGGCCAGUAAAAAGCCAGUGUAACGGAAGACUACAACAGAUUCUGGAUUG